AUGGCUAUCAAGGCUAAGGUUGCUUCGGCAGCAGAAAAGGAUGAUAUCCCAGUGGAGUCUAGGGAUAUGCAACUUCUGGCUACUCUCGGUUUCAAACAGGAACUACGAAGGCAUUACUCAACGACUCGGGUCUUUGCAGUAGCAUUCAGCAUCAUGGGCCUAUUGCCUUCUAUUUCUUCUACACUGUUCUUCUCGAUACCUGCAGGUCCUGUAGGGAUGGUUUGGGGAUGGCUAGCUGCUAGUAUAUUCAUAUUUAUCGUUGGUCUCGCCAUGGCUGACCUGGCUUCUGCAAUGCCAACGGCGGGAGGCCCUUAUUUUUGGACACAAUAUUUCAGUGGAGACAGAUGGAAGAACCCUCUGAGCUUUAUUGUCGGAUACAGUAAUACUAUCGGUCUCCUUGGUGGAGUCUGCUCUGUGGAUUAUGGAUUCGCUACCAUGCUACUUUCGGUUGACUCACUGACCCAUGAUGGUAACUGGACUGCCUCUCGCGCAGUUGUGUACGGAACGUACGUGGUCUGCGGCGUCGUCCAUGGUCUCAUAGCUACGUUCUUUGGACGUAAUAUGCCCAAGAUUCAGUCAACCUGUAUUGUGAGCAAUGGCGGUCUCGUGCUAGCCACUAUCCUCGCAUUACCAAUCGGGAAGGCUAUCAGAGGCGGACAUAUUAACGCGGGUGCCUAUGUUUUCGGUCAUCUUAGAAAUCUCACAACCUGGCCCCAAGGUUGGGCGUUCAUGCUGGCCUGGCUGUCCCCGAUCUGGACAAUUGGGGUGUUCAACUCGUGUGUCCACAUGAGCGAAGAGGCUACUCAUGCGGCGCGCGCUAUACCUCUAGUAAUCGUAGCUGUAAUUGAUGUCAACUUGGACGGUGUAUUGAGCACAAACCUUGGCCAACCCAUGGCGCAGAUCUAUUACGACUGCCUCGGGAAAAGUGGUGCCCUUGGCUUCAUGAUAGUAGUGGCAAUUGUCCAAUUUUUCAUGGGUCUGAGUCUGGUGAUCGCCGCCUCUCGCCAAAGUUGGGCCUUCUCCCGAGAUGGCGCCCUCCCCUUCUUCUUCCGCAAUGUCAGCAAAAAGAUCCGCUACCAACCUGUACGCAUGAUUUGGGGCGUCGUAGUAUCCGCUGUCAUCGUCGGUCUCCUCUGCAUAAUCAGCAGCACCGCUUCGAAUGCCAUCUCCUCUCUUGCCGUAGCCGGCAAUGAUCUCGCUUGGAUGAUGCCCAUCCUCUGCCGGCUGGUCUGGGGCCAGGAUUAUAAACCGAUAGCGGUCACUACUAUUGAUAUGAAUCAUACAGUUGUUAUCAAUGGAGCACUUCGGGGUGGUGCUCUUCUGUAUUAUGGCCUGUAUGCAAGGAAGGUAUAUAAGGGACCUCAGACAACAGUCGGCUCCUCGUCCAGUGUUUCCGAGGCAAAUCUCGGAGGGUUAUGA